CAGUGCUACUGUAACCAAACUUAAACAUGUUUGUUUUCUAAAUUAUAAGUUAAGCAACAAUUUAUAGUUGGAAACAAAUUCUAGUAAAUUAAUUACCUGUCUCAUUCGUUACAUUAAGUACGUUUUCAUUAAUGGUACAUAAUAUGAUGGAGAUUACAGAUACAAAUCUAAAUAGAAUUCCAGAAGACGCUUCACAAGGCAAUAUUCCAAAUACAAAUGCCUUAAAAGAUUUCGGCACUAAAGACACAACCUAUGCUAAGACCAUGUUAAAGGAACUGCUGAGAUUUGACGUUGAUCAUCGAACUGAAAAGGACUUACGGGAACACGUCUCUCGACUUCACUGUUUGGUUAGAAAGGUAGUUUUAUUGUUGUUGGAGAAAAGUUCUCUUUGCAAAAAUUUGGAGGAACAAAGAACAGUUCUUACUCAACAGUGCACCUCGCUGAAGAAUCUAGUAGCUGUCACGAAGGACCUGUUGGCUUUGAGAAACACUGAAGUCGAACAGCUCUGUAAAAAUAUAAAAAUUAUGGAGGAAAGAAUUCAUUUGGAAAGAAAUAAGCAACAAAACGUUCUUAAUACUUUGUCUGAGUCUGCAAGGUUGAAUGAAGACAUUAAAGCACAAUACCAUUGUCAAAUAGAGAUGUUCAACGACCUGCGAGCUCGGUACGAGGAGAGGGUGGCGCUCCUGGUGGCCGAGAACACGCACUUGUCAGGAUUGUUCGCGGAGCAGAACACUAACAUGGUAGGAGAUGGAAUGGAGGGUAGACAUUGUAACAGUCCAGAAGAAACAAGAGAAAGUAAACAGUUAUCUGAUGUAUUCGGUCAAUGUGAACCAUACGAGAUAUCUACUGAUCUAGCAAAUCACUUAAGUGAUAUAAAAUCGCUAUGUGAGAUUCUGACCAAUGAAGAAGAAAAUAUUGUACCGAAAUAUCCUAGUAUUGAUAAGGACUCUAAAUCAUGUCCUAAUGAUGUAACCGACACAGCAGAGAAACAAAAGGGGUAUGGAGAGGGAGAAGUCCAAUUAGGAGUAAUAAUGAAACCCAAGGGAGAUAACGAAGAAAAUAUUGCCACACCAGGACCAGAGAUCAUUCAAUCUCUGCAACUCACAGAAAAUAUUAUAGACAAGGAAAUAUCAGAACACACAGGACAGGGGGAGGGGGAGACGUCUUGACUUACAGCUGAUAUAUGACAUAUUUACACAGUAUUGUAAAACUCUUUAACUGAUUAAAAACUAUCACCUAUCA